UUUUUUAAAUCUCACAUUAAUAUAUGUAACAAAAAAAAUACAAUCUCCACACAUUUAAUACAAAAUUAACACAAGACUUGAUACUGCACCAAAUAUCAAUAUCACAUUUUGUAAUUAGUUUCCAAAUAAUUUUAUUCUUUCAUUUCCUAGAAACUUGUAUUGAUGAUCGUUGCAUCUUCCGUGCAGCCAGAAAACAGUAUGGCGGAGACAUGCGUGGAUACAUUGACGCCGAUAGUUGAUCAGCUGUUCAACGUAAUCGUCUUCGAGUAUUAUAUUGUUGAGCGUAUCUCCUGUUGUUCGUGAGGAUGUGUGAAGAUGGAGGAACAAAACUCCACAAGACUCAGACAUAAAGAAUGGCGUCAAAUCGCGAAAAAGGAGCGUCGCAGACGACUUAGACAGAUAGCUGCACGCGAUCGCGUUGCUAAUGAAGAACGUUUGAGGUCAGCACUGGAGCGUGAUGCAGUAUAUAUAAAAUGGCGCGCAGAUCAAGAGGAACAAGAGAAGGAAAAGGAAACGCGGGAACAGAAGGAACGCGCGGAACGGGAGAAACUCUGGCUGGAAGAAGAGAUAAGAGCGCAAAAGGAAUGGCAAAUUAUUCAGAAACAAAAAGCGAAGGAAAUGCAAGAGAAAUUCGAGCAACAACAGAAACUACGUGAAGAAUUUGAGGUGAGGCAAGAAAUACUGCGAAAAAAGAAAGAAAAAGAAAAGCGGAAGUACGAAGAACAGCUUCAAAAGGAGGAAGAGUUGCAGAAAGAAAUUAACAAUUAUAUCGAUAAUGGAAUAAAAACGCCCGAAGCUUUGCGAGAGGUCAUCGAUAGCCAACCUGGCAAAGAUAUCUGUCCAUUUUUUGCUAAAACAAACAGUUGCCGAUUUGGAGAUAUAUGUUCCAAAAAUCACCGUAGAUUCUUCCUGAACAAGAUAAUUAUGAUACCCGGAUUUUAUUCACAUUUCUCCCUCGAGAAAAAUUCAGAAGAAUACGAUACCGAUAUAGCCCUCGAAUUUGAACAUUCGGAAACGCAAAAUCACUUUCGCGAGUUCUAUGAAGACGUCAUAUCUGAACUGGAAUCGUUCGGCAGAAUUAAGACUCUCAGAUGCUGUCGCAAUGUUGAAGUUCACUUGCGCGGUAAUGUGUACGUCGAAUAUCAUACCGAAAGGGAGGCGGCUAGGGCUUGGAGAAAUCUGAAUGGACGCUGGUACGCCGGCAAGAAACUCAAUUGCGAGUUUGUCAACUGGACGUCUUGGAAGAAUGCCAUUUGCGGCAUGCCUAAAUGCCCAAAGGGCUACAGAGCCUGCAAUUUUCUUCAUCCUUUCAGAAAUCCGCAGGAUAAAUACGGUUUUAGAAGUUCAACUCGCUGGUCGAGGACACUGUCCAUUCCUCGAGACUUGACGAGUAGCGACAGAAGGAAACAUAAAAAAAAAUCUAAGUGGGAAGAAUCCGGUCGUGACAGUGGUGGAGAAAGCCGCAAUUGGAGAUGGUCCGAAUCUCCCGAGAUCGAACUGAAUCAACGCGUGAAAAGUUUGAAGAAGAAACGCUUCCAACCAACGGAAAAAGAUAAUCAAGAGUCGCGGGAAUCCUCAUGCGAAAGGAAUCGUAAACACAGUAAAAAAUCGAGUGCGAAGAGCGCGAUGUCGCACGAGAAACAAUGUCAACCGCGCUCACGCAAGAGAGCUCACACCGACAAAGACAGCGAUGAAGAAGUUGCAUUAAUACAUCGCUCUUCAAAAAAGCAUAAAAAAGAAUCUAAAAGGAGAAACCACCAUGAAAACGGCCACGAACUUUGUAGGAAAAAGAAUUAAAAAUGACGAAAGUCAUUUAAAAAUGACAAGUUUGUAAGAAGAAAAUAUUUGAGGAGAUAUUCUUGGAGAGUAUCCAAAGAUAUAGACUGUAAAACUGAAUUGUCAGCAGGCGAUUUAGUUUUAAUACCAAAAAUAGUUUUAUCUCAUGAUGACAGGAUCUCAAACUCGAUUAAAUGAAAAAGAACAAUAUUUUGUAUCGGUACUUUGCCAUACAGUAUAAAAAUAUUCAACUAUUGUGAUGUUGAUUAUAGUGAUUCUGACUGUUAUUUAAUUUUAUCUGAAUAGAUGUACGAUAUA